UGCACCCACGGCCACUCCGACCACGUGGGCAACCUCAACCUCUUCCCGCUGGCCACCCUGGUGCUGGGCUACGACGUGUGUCACGGGGCCGGCUGCUACGUCCCCAACGGGUUGGCCAAGGGGCAACCUUACGUCCUUGACCCGGGUCACCUGGAGGUAGUGGCCACCCCGGGUCACACCAGGAGCCACGUCAGCCUGGUGGUGCGGGCCACCUCCCUGGGGACGGUGGUGGUGGCCGGGGACUUGUUCGAGAGGGAGGGGGACGAGGGGGAGGGGGAGGAACUGAGCGAGGACCCCCAAGAGCAGGAGAAGAGCCGGAGACGAGUGGUGGCCAUGGCUGAUGUCAUCGUGCCAGGGCACGGGCCACCCUUCCGGGUCAUCAAGGAGGGGCCGCGGGAAAGCCGCUCCCGAGUUAAAAAGAAAGAAAUCUCCCUGCCGCCGCUGCUGCAGCCGGUAACACCCGCCCCGGAUCCCGGCACCGGUGCGGGAGACGAAGCCUUUGGGGGCCGCUUCCCCCGGGAGGCAGCGCUCGGCCCGUCGGGGCACUCCCGGCGGCUGUAG